UUGAUAAUUUUCGGCAAAUGUCACGGCCGCACACAGAAAAGAACUAAAAAGCAAAGAUUCACGCUUAUCAGUGAACUCGCCCACCACAUAAACCGCUCAUCUUAUGGAUGCAUGAGUCCAAUUAGCACGAAUGGAGGGGAAGGUACAUCCAUGAAUCCAUAA